GUCCACUUCCAUAUUACAUUUUUCUCUGCCGUGACAGGAAGGAAGAACACCAUUAAUGGCAGCUGCCGUGUUCCUCCUCGUUGCUUCUGUGGCUCUCUUCCUCUCGUGGGUGGUGGUCAAGACAGUAUACUCUUUCUGGUGGAAGCCCAGGCAGUACGCAGAGGCCUUCAAGAGGCAAGGAAUCCAUGGCUACCCUUACAAACUCUUAAUCGGCAACUCGAGGGAUGUAGCGACUCUGCAAGCGAAAGCAUUGGCCAAGCCCAUGGCCUUCUCUCAUGAGUUAACUCCACGAAUAUGGCCCAUAUUUAGGGACUGUGUUGAUAAAUACGGUAGAAUUUCCCUCUUUUGGUUUGGGAACAUUCCGCAGAUAAUACUCAUGGAUCCGGAGCUGGUGAAAGAAGUUCUCUCCAACAAAUUUGGGCAUUUCUCGAAGCCCCCUCAGCCGGCGCAGGUGAAGGUGCUGGCGAGGGGCCUCGCCAACAUGGAAGGUGAAGAAUGGGCAGUCCAGAGAAGGCGCAUCAAUCCUGUUUUCCAUUUGGAAAAACUCAAGGGAAUGCUGCCAUCAUUUUCCGCUUGUUGCAAUGAGCUGGUUCAAAGGUGGGAAAAAUCAAUAAGUCCCCAAGGAUCGGGUGAAUUAGAUGUAUGGAAGGAGUUUCAGAAUCUUACUGGAGAUGUCAUCUCUAGGACUGCCUUUGGCAGUAACUAUGAAGAGGGGAGGCAGAUAUUCCAAAUGCAGAAGGAACAGGCGGGGCUAGUGCUUCAAGCCUUCGCAAAACUUUAUAUCCCAGGGUUAAGGUUUCUGCCUACAAAGGACAACAAGAGGCGGAAGGAGCUAAACAGAAAGGUAGAAUCCCUGCUUAAUAAUAUAAUUGAGAAACGAGAGAAGGAAAUACAGUUGGGGAUCGCCAAAAAUGACGAUCUGCUGGGCAUAUUGUUGGAAUCAAACAAGAAACACCAUGAGGAUGGCGAGAAGGGAAUGACAAGAGAUGAAGUCAUAGAGGAGUGCAAGCUUUUCUACUUUGCUGGUCAGGAGACAACUUCAGUGUUAUUAACAUGGACCAUGGUUCUGCUCGCCAAGUACACAAGUUGGCAGAUGCGUGCGAGGGAAGAGGUUCUUCAAGUGUGUGGAAAAGACAUCCCUUCUUUUGACAGCUUAAGCCACCUGAAGACUGUCACUAUGAUUCUAAACGAAGUUUUAAGGCUAUAUCCACCUGCAACUUUUAUGAUUAGACACGCUUACAAAACUAUGAAAUUGGGAGACCUCACCCUUCCAGAAGGAGUUCGCCUGGUUCUGCCACUGCUCCUGAUCCACCAUGAUAGCAAGCUCUGGGGCGACGAUGCUGAGGAAUUCAAACCAGAGAGGUUCUCAGAAGGAAUUGCAAGUGCAUCGAAGAAUCAAUUGGCAUUCUUUCCAUUUGGUUGGGGUCCCCGAGUCUGCAUUGGACAGACAUUUGCACUGAUUGAGGCCAAGAUGGCACUUGCCAUGAUUCUACAGCGCUUCUCCUUCGAACUGUCAUCGACCUAUGUUCAUGCUCCACACCAGAUCAUAACCCUUCAACCUCAGUAUGGAGCUCAAAUAAUCCUGCAUUCUAUCUAAGCUAAGAAAAUUAUAACUAUGUCAGAGUUUCCUCCACACCUUUGCCUGACUGAGUUCGAAAAGCACAUCACUUGUGCUUGGUUUAGUACAAAUAGGAAGCAAUAUGAAUGUUGCCCCUCUGUUUCUACUUUAAGUCUACUACCAUGUAUUGCAUUUUUGUCGAAUAGGAAGCGAUAUGUUUGUAGCCCCUGUUUCUACUUACUCUACUAUCAUGUAUUGCAUUUCUGUCUGCUUCUCGAGUUACAUUCAAUAAAACUAAAUGUUAGGAACUGAAA